CGCGCGGUGUUACCAGGACGACAGAGUGCAAACUCUUUGAGGAUGAGACAGGACUGGGCAUAAAUAAAAAGGAAUAUUUUUAAUGAUACCUCAAACAAAAUCAUUGAAUCAGCGAAGUAGUUCAUAAUUAUGGCUUCAAUGAGUCAGCGGCGCAACAUGACUCACAGUCAGCAGCAGAGGAUGAUCGCGGAGGCCAGGAGACAGGAGGUGAUCCGAGAAGACCAGAUGAAGCACAUUGCCCAGGGGAGACAGAUGCAGGCCCAUUUAAUGAGUGAGGAGCGACUUGAGAAGAAGAAGUACCUGAGGAAGAUUCAAGAUGAAAACUAUGAGAGGCAGAUUGAGGAAGCACUUCUUAAGGCUGAAGAGGAAAGAAUCCUCAAGGAAAAGCAGAUUGAGCAAGAAGAGAGAAUGGCUAAAGAACUAGCACGGAUAAACUACGAAAAGCUGAGGGAUGAGAAAAUCAGGCAGCAAGUCAGGGAAAACAGUGCUGAACUUCGUGAACUGGAACUCAAACUGAAGUCCGCUUAUCUGAACAGAGAACGAGCUGCUCAGAUUGCUGAAAAGGAAGCGCUGCGACUUGAGGCCAUGAAAAUAGAGGCUGCCCUUGCGCGCAAGAUGAAAAGUGAAUAUGAAAAAGCCUCUGUGGAGCAGGAGAAGCAGGAAAAGAGGCGCUACGAGGAAACGGUCCGCUAUCAACAAGAGCUGGAGCAGCAACUGGAAGAGCAGGAGAGAAAGAAACAAGAGGCUUAUGAAGAAUUUCUGAAAGAAAAGCUUAUGAUUGAUGAAAUUGUUAGGAAGAUUUAUGAAGAAGAUCAAAUGGAGCAACAGCUGAUGUUAGAGAAGCGGACAGCUACCCAGAGGUAUAUAGAGGAAUUCAAGAGACAGCAAGAGGAGUGGAGACGCAUUGAGCGGGAAAAGGUGGAAGAGGAGAACAGACGAAUCCUGGAAUUCGCCAGAUACCAGCAGUCUAGGGAGGAAGACAGGAUGGCAAAAAUCAGACAGAGGGAUGAGAUAAAGCAGCACCUCCACAAGAAGCUCACAGAGGACAUUGAAAUGGAAAGACGGCAACGUGAAGAAAUGGACCGCAUACGCGAAGACCUUUGUCUAGAGGAACAAGCAGAGGCUGAGAGGCAGAAGGAAAUUGAAGCAAUGGAAAAGAGGAUUAGACAACGUCUGGAAAUGCAACAGACUUUCCAGGAGCAAAUGGCCUUUAAGCAAAUGCGGCAACAAACGGAGAGGGAGGAGGAAGAGGCCUUCAGAAAAAUGAUGCUAGCCAAGUUUGCAGAGGAUGACCGCAUUGAGCAAAUGAAUGCCCAGAAACGUCGGAUGAAACAACUGGAGCAUCGCAGAGCUGUAGAGAAACUCCUUGAGGAGAGACACCGGCAGUUCCAGGCUGACAAAGAACAUGAGCUUAAGGAACGAGAAAUGGAACACGAAAGAGAGGCUGUACGACGUCAGAUCAUUGAGGAAGAAAGGCAGAAACUCCUCAAGCAUCAUGCUACUAAAUUGCUUGGCUACCUUCCAAAGGGCAUAUUCAAAGGUGAAGAGGACCUCAAACUUUUUGAUGAAGAUUUUAAAAGGAAUUUCCAGAAGCGAGAUGUAGACAUGUUCUCUGAUGAGGGCUGGGGACAAUGAGGACUUGCCAGUAGAUGUCACUGUUGUGCAACUACAUUCAGUUAAAAAAACGAUUAAAUUUUCUUCCUAA